UGCCACAUAACCUGAGACAUUAUUACAACAACAACAAAAAGUUGGUGGAGAUCACACUGUGUAGUAAUGAUAUUUUUGCCAAAAUUCAACUUUGUUUUCCUAAAACAUAUCAUCUCUUACCAAGAACCUCUAUAUUCAUGCUUCCAACGGGUUUCAACAUGAACCAAAUUAGAUUAAUGAAAGAUUGAUGAUCUCUCAAUCCCCGUCUGGUUACCAUAUUGGCUUGAGCCUUGAGAUUCAAAUCGAAUAGAGGAGGACGACUUUGAAACCUCGCUGUGACGGAAGUUUUGGUUCCAAACAGGGAUGCUUAAGCAUUGGUUCCCAUGGCCAAAGAGAGUGGCCUCACAUACAAUUUCCACCUACUAUAUUGCACUAACAAAUGCUUUUUCUUUAUCUUAAAAAUAAGCAUGAAGAGAAUGAUUAUCUUUGUAUGACAUGCAUCAUAUUCUUCACUCCAUUUUCUUCGCCACUAACAUAACGCCCUCACUCUCUCUCUCUUCUCUCUGUUUUAACGGUCUGAUUGCAAUAGGCCAGAAGAAGAAAAGAAAACAAGAGAUGGGAGUUUCAGGGUUCAGAUUUCUUCUCUUGGUUUCUUGCUUCUUCAGCAAAUCCAGAGGAGCCAUUGUUCCUGCACUCAUCAUGUUCGGUGACUCCAUUGUUGACGUUGGCAACAACAAUAACUUACUCAGCAUUGUUAAAUCAAACUUCCCUCCUUAUGGCAGAGACUUCGUCAACCAAACACCCACCGGAAGAUUCUGCAACGGGAAACUCGCUGUAGAUUUCUCAGCUGAGUACCUUGGCUUCUCUUCAUAUCCACCUGCAUUCCUAAGCCGAGAAGCAAGCAACGAGAAUCUCCUGAUCGGCGCCAACUUUGCAUCCGCUUCUUCAGGAUACUACGAUGCCACAUCUAUUCCAUUUGGAGCGAUCUCCUUAACACGACAGCUGAGCUAUUACAGGACGUAUCAAAACAGAGUGACGAGUAUGAUCGGGAGGGAGAGAGCACGCAGGCUCUUCUCUAAAGCUAUCCACAUUUUGAGUGCGGGAUCUAGCGACUUUAUUCAGAACUAUUACGUCAAUCCUCUGCUCAACAUCCUAAAUACACCUGAUCAGUUCUCUGAUAUUCUCAUGAGAUCCUACUCAGACUUCAUCCAGAAUCUGUAUGAACUAGGAGCAAGGAGAAUCGGAGUGAUAUCGUUACCGCCGAUGGGUUGCCUGCCUGCAGCUAUUACUCUAUUCGGUUUCGGAAACAAGAGCUGUGUCGAGAGGCUGAAUAACGAUGCUGUCAUGUUCAACACCAAACUUGAAAGCACAACGCAGAGAUUGAUGAAAAGACACUCAGGCCUCAAGCUCGUCGCCUUUAAUGUCUACCAACCUCUCCUGGACAUCAUCACCAACCCAUAUGACAAUGGAUUCUUUGAAGCUAAAAGGGCAUGCUGUGGAACAGGAACAAUAGAGACAUCGUUCCUUUGCAAUUCUCUAUCCCUAGGAACGUGUUCAAAUGCCACAGGAUAUGUGUUUUGGGAUGGAUUUCAUCCCACAGAGGCUGUGAACGAGCUGUUGGCUGGUCAACUACUGGGUCAAGGGAUCUCUCUAAUCUCUUGAACUGAAUUCGAUCUCGAUUGGAUUGAAUUCAAAUUGUAUACCUACAAAUAGCUACCAUUGUGUGUGUCUGUCUCUCUCUUCUCUCUCUCCCCCUCUCUCUCUCUCUCUAUAUAUAUAUAUAUAUAUAUCUGUAUGUGUGACAAGGUAUCGAACUUUCAAAAACUAAGUAAGACGAGAGGCAGAGUGUGUGUAUGUAUGAAUGUAGAAACUACCGAUCUGGUCUGUGUGAUGAGUCUAUAAGUCCAAGCUUUGUUUGAGAAGAUCGAUCUUUGGUAAUUUGUGUUCUUAAUUUAUAUCUGGAGCAUUUCUAAGGUUG